UUAUUGUUUCUAUUAAAUUCGCUUAUGCUGCUGAGGCUGCAAACGGUGAAUACUGCGCUAGGAACCGCAGGAAGAGGAACGCCCGACCAGACUGAAAAGCCUGAGACAAAGGGGGUUCGGGAGAAGACCAGUUAAUUUCAGCACAAGGAGCGGGAAAGAGCGGGGAGCACGGCAGGGGCGGGCCGGGCUCCCACGGCGAGGGAGCGGCGGCGGGGCGGGAGGAGGCGCUUCGGGCGCUCCUGAGGGCUGAGGGCGGGCCGGGCCGGCAGGAGGGCAAAGCGGCGGCGGAGCGCACCGGGCCGCCAUGGUGCUGCUGGUGGUGAUGGGCGUCAGCGGCUCGGGGAAGACCACGGUCGGGUCGCGGCUGGCGGAGAAGUUGGGAUGGAAAUUCUACGAUGCAGACGAUUAUCAUCCUCUAGAGAAUAAGAAGAAAAUGGCAGAAGGGAUACCACUAAAUGAUGAGGACAGGAUUCCUUGGCUUUGCACAUUGCAUGACAUACUAAGGAGAGAAGACACAUCUAGACAAGAUACCAUUCUGGCCUGUUCUGCACUGAAGAAGAUGUACAGGCGUGUGCUAAUUAGUGGAGCAUCUGCAAUUGAAAGCAAGCAGCCAGACCAACCAGGAGAAAAACCAGCACUGAAGAUCCUCUUUGUUCAUUUGGAUGGACCUAUGGACAUCAUUGCUGGCCGCCUGGAGAAGCGGAGAGGUCAUUUUAUGCCACUUGAACUUCUCAAGUCUCAGUUUGAUACUCUAGAGCCACCUAGUGCACCAGAAAACUUCAUUACUGUCAGUCUAGAAAAAUCUCUUCCAGAAAUAGUGCUAGAGAUUGAGCGUGCCAUUCUUCAGAAUGAGGCUUUGCCGGAGUAAUUUCCUGAAUUGACACAUAAAGAAAUUCACUGAAAGACAGCAAGGCCAUGAGACAGGAUUUUAAUUAUUAAAAUGAUUAUUAAAACAAACCCAUUUAUUUUUAAGAGCUGGUUUACUAAUCAGAUUUUUUGGUCAUGGCCCUGUAAAAGACAUAUAAGAUGUAAUUUUCAAGAACUGUUAACUUUUUAAGCCCUUUAUUCUCUGAAGUUAAAAUUCUCAUUUUAGUAAGUCGCUUUUGAAAAUCCUGGCAAGGGUCCCACAGAGUAAUUUAUUUUCUUAAUUUUAAUAUUUACUCUGUCAGACACUGAGAUGUGCACAUUUGCUAUUACAAGAUCAAUAAUUUACAGCUUUGUUUAAAAUAACACUAUUUUCCCCUACAAGAGGCAGGAACACGCACAAUUGUUGGAGUGUGAAAAACAAAGGCCUGAGUUCCUCAGAGAAAGAUCAAAAUCCAGGGUUUGAAUUAAAGCCUUUAGAGAAAUUAAAAUAUAUUAAGCCACACAGGCAUGAAAUAGAGCUGUAAGCUUAAGUAAAUAAGUUAAGUAAGAAUAUGUUUUAAGUGCCUUAAAGAGCAAAAGCAUUAGAAUCUGGUGUAAAAAACAAGCUUCAAAAACAUGCUUCAGUAAGAGCUCAAAAACAUAGUUCUAGACAUAGAAAAAAUAUAGUAAGAAUAUUGCUUACAUUCUUCAGAUAGAACAGAUAGGCUAUAUGCACAAAUUAUAUGUAAACUUUUGUAUUACAGAACCAGAAUUCUGAUAGGUUUAGAAGAAAUGCUUCAGGUUCAUGUUUUUAGCUCACUGGGUAAUUUGUAAUAAAAUCCGUGUAUUGGAGUGAGAACGCUCUCACUCUCUCCUCUCCUCACUGCCAUCAUCAUUGCCCAGAAGACCACAGGAGCUGCUCUGCAACUUCGGCCCUCUCAGGGUCCUGCAGCAAGAGCUGCUUCUAUUUCCAAUCAUGACUUCUAAUCAGGACUCUAUGCCAAAAGCUUUUAGCAUGGACUUUAACACUUGGGACUCUUUGUCUUUUGAGACUAUGUGCCUUUACAAUAAACAACUUUAUAGCAACUGAAAACUGCUCUGCUCUUUUGAAGAAUUAAACCCAUAACAAUCUCAACACAUGAUGAAGUUCCAUACAUGAUGCUACCCCUGUCUCACUGCCAGAUUUUCAUCAAGUUGUAGGUUCUUGUGUUUGUAUCCUUGACCUCACCAGAGCACUGAUGACUUCAUGAGAACUUUUCUGAUCUCUUAGUGUAUGACCAUGAAGCUGAAAAAUGUGAGAAAAAAAAAAAGGUGGUGGUGAUGCACUAUACAAAAUGUAAUUAAAUGGAAAGCGUUAGAAAUAAAACUUGAGUGGUAUCUUACUGGCUUCAAACUUAAGAGCUUUUAUGUGAGUCAACCAGUGAUUUAAGGUACUGAAAUCAAGAUUGAUAGACAUUUCUUUCUUUCUGAAAACUUACUGUUUCACAGUUGGACCUUUUCCUUCGCUUCCCAAUGCUGGUGGGCACCUCAGUGCAUGUCAGUGCAAUUGCUUUAAAGCUUUUGAUUAAACUAUUCCUAAUACAUAUUUUUCUCAUCCUUUUUUAAUAACAAUGAGAAAAAAAUUCCAAAUACCUGAUCAGUCACCCAGCUGACAGACUUUAAGGUUAAAGUCCUUUUUUACCACCAAGGUGUUUUCAUGUUGUGUUAUACAAGACAUGCCUUUUCAGCUUAAUGUUAGGAAAACCUGAAAUAGUUUCUCUAAGAAAGAUUGAGUCUUGUCUGAAUGGAGACAUCUCCAUGUGGUAUCACACAUGGGUAUUUUGUGUGUAUCGUGCAAUUUUUUUUUUAUUCCUGGGAUGAUAAUGAACUCUUGUGGAAGAACACCUCAUGUCUGAAAGCAUCUUUAGUGUAAUUUUUACCUAGGUAAGUAGUUGAAAAACAUUAGUCAUGGUUCUCAAUAUGUAUGAAAACAGUAAGGGCUUUGUGGUUUAUGCAGCAAACUACUGUGCUUAAAUUAGUGCAAUAAAUGGGCAUUAUCUUACUGAAAGCAGCAAUUUUUAGACACAGAGUUUAGGAAUUUUAGGCAUUAACCUACCCAUAAAUUUUCUGGGUAUACCUACCCAGGUAUUUUCUGUUUAUUGUGACUCGAAGGGAGAAUACCAGGCAGUUAGCAGUUUUAGUCUAUUGCUGUACACUGCAGGGGAUCUCACCUCAGAGCUUGUUUGUUCCAAAAGCCAGGAUGCAAGUUUAAGACACGGAGGCAAAGUUAAGUGCAAGAGACAAGGAUGUCUGUAUGCUUCUUAAUACUCUCAAAUUUCAGAGCGCUCUUCAGUGACUUGUCACACCUGUACAAAUUUUGCAGCUAUGAAAAUCAGACACAGCACCCUCUUGUGGCACCUCUGCUGUUAAGGAGGUCUUCAUCUUUUCCAAUACACCAUUUUAUAAACAGUUGACUAAUGUACCCAUUAUUAAAUACAGAUUUAUGCUUACUUUCUUUCACACACAAUAAAGCCAGACCAAGACUCUGUGCAGCAGCUGCAUCAUGUCACACAUAGACAUGAUCAGACCUUUAAGAGAUUUUUUUUAAAAAGGGACAUUUUUCACCAACAGAAAAUUGUACUCAACAGUUAAAAAAACUUCUCUUUUAGAGAGUUUUAUGUAAGCAGCUUGGAUUUUGGGAGGCUUCUAAACAAAGUACUAUGUUUGUAUGUACAGGCAGUUCACGCUUCUUCAAAUUAAGUCAGGGUAUUUCAGGGUCUUUGCUUCUAUGUUGGAAAUAUUUCCUUCCCUUACCCUUUUGAUAUAUUUGCAUUUUGCUUUUACUUAAAAGAUACUGCAAAGAAGGUUGUUGUCAACAUGAUCAGUUGUCUUACCUGCUGUUCUGAAAGACAAUAAAGCAUUACUUCUGUUCACUUGUGUUUCUCUGCAUUACAAAUUAAUAGAUUAAGAUGUGAGUUAUCCCAAUAUUAACCACAUGAAAGUACUCUCAGAGUUUAAUCAAGCUGUGCAAGUAUGCAGUCGAAGAAAAAGGUAGCAGAACAAUCCCUGUCCAAACACAAUCCUACAUUUCAUUUACUUGAUUUUGGUGUAAUUUGGUUUUUUUGUUGUGAGGAUUUUUUUUUUAGUUUUGUUGUUUUUAAACAAACACCACUAUUCUAGGGAUGUCAUGUUGAGGUUAGUUGGGCAGGCUUUUAGUAUUUAGUACAACUUACCCAGAUGCAAGUGCUCUGUGUGUAUUUUGAAAUGUAUUUAAGCAAAUGCAGCAAAAACUGAGGAGGAAACACCUGGAAUUAGAAAUUGCUUUCCCUCUCUAAGCACAAAUUAUCCAUGCAAGGUACAUGCACUAUACAUUCUCAAAAAAUUGUACUAAGCACAGUUAGUAACAUGCUGUUUAAAUACUGUACCUACUGGAACAUAAAUAUUUUUCAGUGCUGAAAUGAGAAAAUAAAAAUGAAAUGCUAUCUUUGCCAAACUGCACAAGUUAUCUAUACAGGCAAAGGAACAGACUGUAAAUUGGUAUGUGGGGUUUUCUUUUGGUUUUUUUAAAAUUAAUUAUAUUUAUUUUAUUAUGACAGGUUGUGGUAUUGUGGGGGGUGCCUACAGGAAUGACUUCUGUGAGAAGCUGCUGGAAGCCUCCUCCACCCCUGUAGAACCAAUCCCAGCUGGCUCCCAGACAGAGGUGCCGCUGGCCAAGGCUGGGCCUAUCAGAAACGGUGGUCACACUUUGUGAUAACAGAUUUAAGGCGGAAAAAACUGUGAUUUCACAGACGUAAUGGCAGCCAGAAAAGAAUGC